AUGUGUGUGGAGAUCACCGCACUCAUUAGUGUGUGCGGUAUUUUCCCCAUCUACUUCUCUACAUGGUAUCAUGAGAUUAAGAUCGUGGGCCUCCUCUCCUGCGCCUCCCCCCUGCUCCACGCAACCCUAGGUGGUGCCCCCCACUACGCUGCCGCCACCCACCCUCAGCUGCACCUCCCCGACCAGCUCCCCAACCGGUCCCCCGACCAGCUCCCCUCCCCACCCCCCCGAUCGUGCACCAUGUCUUCCGUCGACUCCUCUGAGUCCGGCGACACCACUGCUCCUAUUGCUAAUCCUGUGCUGCCUCCUGGACCGCCCCCUGCUACCAACAGCGGUGCACCUGUGCCGCCACCUGCCACCGGCGGCUCCUCUGGCAGUGCGCCCCAAGCUCCUCCUGCCGGUGACGUGCCUGGCAAUGGUGGUGGUGGCUUCAUCGUGUACCUGGCACCGCCGCCUGCUGUCCACCCCUACGCCACCGUCUCUGUCAAGUCUCACAUCCCCGUGACACUGACGAUGAAGUCCAACGCCUACUCCCGAUGGACGUCCUUCAAGUCCAUGCGCGGCAAGUUCGGCCUCAAGUCGCACAUCGAUGGCAUGGUGGUGCCCCGACCUCAGGACCCGACUGGGAUCAAGCGGAUUGCUGCGUCCCCUCCUGGUUCUUCACCUCUGCAGUCCCGGGCAAUCUUCCUCAGCCAUGACUUCCACUCCAUGAUGCAGGGUGACUCCUCCAUCGCCGAGUACUGCAGCCGCAUGAAGACCCUCACCGACGCUCUCCGUGAUGUCGACCAUCCCGUUCAGGACUCCUAG